CUCAAGGGGCGGGGAGGUGUUCCAGAGAGGGUUUUCCGCCGAGGUUCUCGGGAGGUGUACUGGAGAGAGGUUCACGGGAGGAAGGUUGAUUUACCGGAUGUGACGUGUGCUCCGUGCUGUUCCACAGAGCUUCCGCUGAGCGAUGGCGGCUCUCAGGCAGGUUCCGGUUUCAGUUUGGCCUCGCUGAGGGCCCGGGCGGUCGCCUAAGCGGGCUCGGCUCCGUCAGCGGCGGCCGUAAGUGGGGCGUGGGAAAGAGCCGGCGUCCUCAGUCCCGUCAAGCUGGAGAGGCCGGGGAGCCUGGGGCGGACGGCGAUGAUGAUGAAGAACCAGUGUCUGCUGGGGCUGAAAACGUUCGUGGCGUUCGCGGCCAAAGUCUGGAGCUUCAUCGUUUACAUCUUACGGCGGCAGAUCCGCACCAUUAUUCAGUAUCAGACAGUCCGAUAUGAUAUUCUACCUCUCUCGCCCAUCUCAAGGAACAGACUCAGUCAAGUGAAGGGAAAAGUGCUGGUGCUUGACCUGGAUGAAACGUUAAUUCACUCUCACCAUGACGGUGUGCUGAGGCCCACCGUCCGACCAGGAACGCCGCCCGACUUUAUAUUAAAGGUUGUGAUCGACAAACACCCAGUCCGGUUCUUUGUCCAUAAACGACCGCACGUCGAUUUCUUCUUGGAGGUGGUCAGUCAGUGGUAUGAAUUGGUGGUCUUCACGGCCAGCAUGGAAAUUUACGGCUCUGCCGUGGCCGACAAGUUGGAUAAUAACAGAGGGAUUCUAAAGCGAAGGUAUUACAGACAGCACUGUACGCUGGAGUUGGGUAGCUACAUUAAAGACCUCUCCGUGGUGCACAGUGACCUUUCCAGCAUCGUCAUUCUAGACAACUCUCCUGGAGCCUACAGAAGCCAUCCAGAUAAUGCAAUACCUAUUAAAUCAUGGUUCAGUGAUCCGAGUGACACAGCACUAUUGAAUCUUUUACCAAUGCUUGAUGCAUUACGGUUUACAGCAGACGUCCGAUCAGUCCUCAGUCGGAACUUACAUCAGCACCGGUUAUGGUGACCCUCGAUUCUUGCCCUCUCAACCUUGGGACUUGACUAUGCCUUAUUGUCACGGAUACACCAAUAUCAAGCCUCUCUGACCCCUCGCCCUGCGUGCCCCACCCCUCGUGUGAAUUGCAGUUUGACCCUCCCCUCCCCUCCAAUCCUCCUGCCCUCGCUCCAUGCCUCUGGUACAGGCAUUUCGUGCCGCCACACACUCACUGUGCCGGACUUCGCGACGUGCCUGUGAUGUUCGACGUGCCGACACACUCCGGGCGGACGACGGUGACACAGGGCGCGAUAUUGUACAGUGCACGGGGGCACGGCGUAAUCCCCACACACAACUGAUUAUGAAGAAGCUUAUUUUUCUCUCCCUACUUCCUGUUUUUUAAAAAAUUAGUUUUCUUGUAUUGAACGUGUCUUGUACUCUUCCUGCCCCCUGAACACACCCAGCUUUGUUUCUCCUGCUGCCCCUGCCCCUGCCCCCGGGGCUUUCCUUGCACUGACUUUGAAAACAGAUCCACUGUCCCCAGACUCACAGCCCGAGAACCUCUAUCCCUCUCUCCCCUCCCUCUAUGUGUGUCUCUCCCCGUCUCUCUCUCUCCCCCAUCUCUGUCUCUCUCUCCCCCCGUCUCUGUCUCUCUCUCCCCCCCGUCUGUCUCUCCCCAUCUGUCUCUCUCUCCCCUCCCUCUCUAUCUCUCUCCCCCCCCGUCUCUGUCUCUCUCUCCCCCCCGUCUGUCUCUCCCCAUCUGUCUCUCUCUCCCCUCCCUCUCUAUCUCUCUCCCCCCGUCUCUGUCUCUCUCUCUAUCUGUCUCUCUCCCCCCCCGUCUCUGUCUCUCUCUCCCCUCCCUCUCUGUCUGUCUCUCUCCCCACUCCCUCUGUGUCUCUCUCUCUCUCUCUCAUCUGCACCUCCCUCCCACCCUCCCCACACUUUCUGCCCAUCUCUCACCGUGCCCCGUAAACUCCAUCAGACGGAAACCCUGUUUCUAUCUCAACACGGGCAAAACUCUUCUGCCAGCCCCGGCUUGGUUUCGUCCAUGGGACUGCAAGGAAUCCGGGACGCCACAUGCCCUGUCGGGAUCGCUCGUAGCAAUGGCAACUUGCCCGGAAGGAGCCGCUGGCAAAUGGCGGCGUAAUGCACCCUGCAAGCAUCACUCCAACCUCCUCGGCUGGCCUCCCCAGUCUACCCAGCGCUGAGAACUCCGCCGAACCGGGACUGCUGCGACUUCGGUUCGGAAGCAUCCGACGUCCGUGUGACUAAAUCGACAGUGGGAGCAACUGCUUCCCGGACUUGGUCUGUUGAAAACUUUCUCAAUGGAACAUUGGUUGGGAAUAGGCUCCAGCGGGAGCCGUACUCUGUGUUAAACCAUAUGCUACCCUUUCUACCUCCUUCCAACGUGGGUGCAGAAUAAAUUAACAUUUUUUUUCCAU